AUGACCACAGAGAAGGACCUCAUUUCGUGCCAUAUCCUCGACACCAGCGUCGGCAAGCCGGCCCGCGGCGUGCGCGUCAAGCUCGAAGGAGGCCACGCCCCGCUCAAGACGUUCGAGUCGCAGACGGACGAUGACGGCCGCAUCAAGGCCUGGCUGCCCUACAGCAGCUCCAACGCCUCGGGCGACGUCCCCACCUACUCGCUCGACGAUGUGCUGAGCGAGGUCGAGACUACGUCCACUUGGACCCUGCGCUUCGACACGGGCGCCUACUUUGGCGAGGGCAAGACCUUCUUCCCUGAGGUCGUCGUCACGUUCUCCGUCCAGAAGGGACAGCAUUACCAUGUGCCGCUGCUGUUGUCGCCUUACAGCUAUUCUACAUAUAGGGGGAGCUAG